GCGUCGGGACACAAAGCAGACGGGAAUCGGUGUUAUUAACGGUUUUCUCGCGCGUCCGUUAGUCUGGCCUUUCUUCUGCUGAGCAGUGUCCGGAUCCAUGAUGGAGGACGCGCUGGAGUGCGGAUGGGUGUCGGUGCGCCCCAACGCCUUCGAGGAGAAACACAAGCACAAGUUCGUCUUCAUCGUCGCCUGGAACGAGAUCGAGGGCAAGCUCGCCGUCACGUGCCACGACCGGACCGUGCAGCGGCGCGGAGGGAGCGCGGAGCCGGAGCUCGGUGACUCGCCGCCGGACUCCAGCUGGGCCGGGCUCUUCUCGUUCCAGGAGCUGCGCGCCGCUCACCUGCAGCUGUGCGCCGUCAACUCGGACCUGGAGCCGUGUCUGCCCGCCUUCCCCGAGGAGCAGACGGUGUGGACGGUGCUGUUUGGCGCGCCGGAUCUGAGCGCGCGGGACGCGGACUCGCUCUGCUUCCAGCUGCAGGUGUAUCUGGGGCACGCGCUGGACACCUGCGGGUGGAGGAUCCUGUCCCAGGUGCUGUUCCCCGACAGCGACGACUCCGAGGAGUACUACGAGAGUCUGAGCGAGCUGCGGCAGAAGGGCUACAAAGACGCGCUCCAGAGAGCCAAGACAAACCUGCAGCAGCUGCUGGAGAAACAGCGCGGCGUGGAGCGGAUGGUGGAGCUGCUGCAGCUGUACGCGGAGCAGGACGAGGCGUAUGGAGAUCUGGUGGAGGCCACGACUGAGCUCUACCACUAUCUGCUGCAGCCCUUCAGAGACAUGCGCGAGUUAGCCAUGCUGCGCAGACAGCAGAUCAAGAUCUCUCUGGAGACGGAGCGUCUGGGCCCGCGGCGGGUGGAGUGUCUGCGCAGGGAGGAUGAGGACUGGCAGAGGAAGGCUCACACCGCUGUGCUCUCCAUACAGGACCUGACCGUCAAAUACUUCGAGACCACGGCUCGCGCUCAGAAAGUGAUGUACGAGCGCAUGCGUGCCGACCAGAGGAAGUUUGGGAAAGCUGCGUGGGGGGCGGCAGUGGAGCGCAUGGAGAAACUCCGGUGUAAGUGCGCAGAUGUGUAUGUGUCACCUGUGGUCUGCAUGUGUGUGUGUGUGUGUGUGUGUCUGCAGAUGCAGGGUCUGCAGGGGGGCGAGGAGGCCAUGGUGCGUCUGGACCAGCUGGAGGCCAUGUACUACGAACUCCAGCUGCAGCUCUACGAGACCCAGUUCGAGAUCCUGAAGUAUGAGGAGCUGCUGCUGACGGCGCAGCUGCAGAGUCUGCGCAGACAGAUGAGCGAGAGGCAGGAGGAGGUGGUUUACUACGACACCUACGAGAGUCCUGACGCCAUGAAGGCCACCGACGACCCCUCGACCCCUCUGACCCCCCCCAGAGAAGACAUGGCCAAACUCCAGCAGAGGACCAGACAGCUGGAGGCCCGCAGAGGACGCAUCACCGCCAAGAAAGCCUACCUCAAACACAAGAAGGAAAUCUGCAUCAUCAACCACACACAGAAGCAGCAGCAGCGGCAGGACGGUCCGGAAGCUUUGCUGCAGGAUGAAGAGGAGGAAGAGGAGCAGCAGCUGUCCAGAGUCAGUCAGGAGAGACAGAGGACACUGGACCGACUGCGCAGCUUCAGACAGCGCUACCCGGGUCAGGUGACUCUGAAGUCCACUCGUCUGGCGUCCUCCAGGAAGAGAGCGGGCGCCGGGCCGGAGCAGACGCAGACGCAGACGCAGGCCGCUAGCGUGCAGACGGAUGACGCUCCAGCUGCGCUGGAACAUUCGGCGGGAGUGCCAGAGCUCCGCCGGCCCGAGAGCUUCCUGUCGCUGCCUCCGAUGGGCGGAGCCGUGGCCGAAGCCCCGCCCCCUGACGCGCAUGCAUCACUUCCUCCGGCCAGAGAGCUGCUGCUGCUGGACUCGUCCACCUCUCCUCCUCUUCCUCCUCCUCCUCCUCCUCCUCCUCCCUCUCUGGAGGAGACGCCUGCAGACGCCAGCCCUGUUCGCUCUCCCCUCGGGCCGUUCACCGCACGCUUCUUCGACAGCAGCCAGCUGCUCAACGCCAGGAAGAAGCUGAGGAAGACGGCCUCGCUCGAGUCCAGCCAGUGGAGGAGAGCGAGCUCGCCGAUGGACGAGGUUCUGGCCAGUCUGAAGCGCGGAAGCUUCCACCUGCGGAAGGCCGAGCUGCGUGUUCUGGCACCCGAUCCGGACGAGGACGACGACAACAACAUCCUAGCUCAGAUCCGUAAGGGAGUGCAGCUGCGUAAGGUGCGCAGACAGGAGCGCAGCUGCAGAGGAGUGACUGCGUCUGACCCGCUGACCCGCAGCAUCCACGAGGCCCUGCGCCGCAUCAAAGAGGCUUCACCCGAGUCUGAGUCCGAGUCUGAGGACGAGACGCCAGCCUGCACCGACUGGGAGAGCUGAAGUGUGUGUGUGUGUGUGUUUACCUCACAGCAGAUCACUGAUCAUCAGCCCGGAGCGUUUAUUCCACUUACUACUCAUUCAUCUACUUUUAUUCUAUUCUUUGUCUUGACGUAUGAAAGCCGGAGGAGAUACGAGAUGUGUUUCCAUGUUCUCCUGAUCACCUUCUGAUGCAAACCAACCAGCUCUGAAAUUAAUCACGCCUAUGUCAAAAAACAUUCUUAUUAAAUAAAAAAAAAACUGAAACAAAAUAUAAAUACUGCAUAAAAAAAGCUUGUUGCCUUGGCAAUUAAUUGGAAAACACUAUUAUUAAGCGGAAAUAAAUAA